AUGACCCAGGGCGUCUCGGAGGCUGACGGCCCCGGCUGGGGCUGGGACGGGGAUGGGGAUGAAGACUGGGAUGGCGCUGUGCUGACCCUGCUGGCGCUGGCUGUGGUGGCCGCCACGGCGCUAGCUUUGCACUGGUUUGGCUCUGGGCAGGACCAGGAGGCAGCAGGUCCAGCAUCCACAGCCCCUCGACCUUCACAGGUGGGAGGACCUGGGCCAGCCCUGCCCCCGAAAUCCAAGGUCAGUGGUGGUGUCGCGGGACACAGCUCAGGGCAGGGGAAGCCAUACCCUCCAGGACGUGGCCAGGGGAGUCCAGCUGCAGCAGGGGCCCAGGAUCAGGAGCCCCCGCGAGGUGGAGGUCUGGCUGCUACAGCUACACCUCCACUCAAGACACCUGGUGAGGUGGCCAGCGGAGGGGCCUUGGGACAGCAGCGUGGUAAUGCCACUCCAGAAGCCCCCCGAGGAAAAGGAAGGGAGGCUCGCAGGCCAGGUGCUGCCCUCCUGGGUCGGAGCAAAGCAGAGGGGACGUCUGUCCCCCUCCUGAUACACUUCACCCCCCGGAGUCCUGGCGGAGAAGUGGAGGUGCAGGUAGAAGCAGGAGGCGUCCAAGCCAAGGCACCAGCUCACCAGGCCCUCGUCCACAUGGUGGAACGGGACACCAGCCCCUGGCAGCAAGGUGUGGCGUCACCUGGCUCACUGGGGAGGGGCCCAGGCAGCCGCCGGUGGCAGGUGGACCGCAGCUCAGGAGAGAGAACCUGCCGCUCCCCAAGGCUGGACCCCCUGUCCCUGGGCAAUGUGGUGAGUGUGUGGGAUUCUGUGGGUGCAGCCAGCAGCCUCCCCGCGGGCUCCCAGGGGCUCCCUUUCCCCCAGGAGCUGCCCCCAUCGUACACACUGAAGACUAGGCCCCCAAUGGAUGUCUCAGAGAGGGGGCGUGGGAAGAGCAGCCCCCAACCAGCCCCAGUCCUAGCUCUGGACUCAGGAGCCAAAGCUACUGAGAGCAGGGAGGCUGGGACCCUGGCCCCCAGGGAGUCUCAGAGGUCCCCAGCCUCCAUGGAAGGUUGGCCCUGGGUGAGGAGGGAGGUCCUUGUCACCGGGAGCUUCAGCCAGGCCCCAGACUCCAUGGGCCUAUCACAAGAGGGGCCACAGGGGGGACACCCACACUUGUCCCAAGGGGAGGGGACCACAGAGGCUAGCACUGCGGGUGAGUCUGGGGCUAACGGCUCUGGAGACCACCCUGUCUUCAGUUCAGGGCCUGGAGGGACAAAGGAGCAAGGCGGCCACAGUGUUAGAGAAGGGAGAGGAUCCCUGCAAGGCCGGGUGGCUGGUGGCUCUGGCAGAGGGAAGCGAGCUGCAGAGGUUCGCAGCUGCAUGCCCUCCCUGAGCCCCUCCCUCACGUCCUCUCCACGCACCCCUAACCCCCUCCCACCCACAGCACGUCCCCAUCCAGGUCUCUUACCUGUAGCCCCAACUCUUCUGACCUCCUCUCUGUCAGGCUCUUUGCCCCCCAGAGUUGGCCAGGGUCCUGCUGAGGAUGAAAAUCUCAAAGCAGUGCCAUCCCCUGCCCCAGGCCCGUCCCCUGUCACAGCUGCAGCCCCUGGGCCUGCUAGUGGGUCAAGGCUUGCAUCUCAGAAGCCCAGUGUGGUUCUCUGCAAGGGCAGUCAGGAGGGGCAGUUCUCAACUAGCUGGGGAAACCUUAUUUCGAUGGUUCUUAGGAGUCACCCCUUCCCCAGGCCAGAGAGGCCCCAAGGGAGAGUCCCAAGGGCAGCUCUGGAGAGCCCCAGAGAUCCCAGCACUUCCACACCCUCUGAGAACAGAGAGUCUGGCUCUUCCCCUGAAGAGGCCGUCCCCAGCCGUGAGGACAGGCGUGGCUCGGCUGGACUGGUCACAGGGGGCCUGGCUGAGGCUGGAGCUCCGCCACAGCAGAGCAGCACCGAGACCAACGAGGCUCCCACCGCAGGCCCGCCCUCAGGCCCAAGAGGGGAGAGAAUUGAGGAGAAACCUCCAGACUCGCUGCCACCUGGAGCUGCAGAACCCAGGGCCCCCUCAUGGCCACCGGAGCAGACGCAGCCUGGCCCUGCACCCUCCCCAGUUACAAGGCGGGACUCACAGCCCGUCCCCCGGCCACGGAAACGCAGCUUGUGCGAAAUAUCCCAGAGCUCUGAGCGUGAGGCCAGCCCAGCGGCCCCAGGGCAGCGCCGAGGACAGGAGCCCGGGGAGGGGCCCAGCCCUGCAGGCAGCGGGCAGGUCCUCACUGAGAAGCAGCAGGAGGCCCGAAAACUCAUGGUGUUUCUGCAGAGGCCGGGGGGCUGGGGGGUGGUGGAGGGGCCCCAGAAGCCCAGAUCCUUGGCGGCAGCGGCUCUGCAGCGAUGGCUGGACCUGGGUAGCUGCCUGGAGGCACUGGCCUUUGCGCAGCAGCACGGGGACCCCGGCCUGGCCCAGGAGACCUAUGCCUGGAUGAGUGACAAUCUGCUACACGUGCUGGGAGACCCGAGCCUCUACCGGCAGCUGAGUGGGGCUGACCGGGAGCGCAUCCUGAGCCUUCGGACCAGCCGGGGCCAGGCGGUGCUGGGGGUCCUCGUGCUGCCCAGCCUCUACCGGGUGAGCCGCUCGGGGCUCACAAGGGACCCUCGUGGGGUGGAGGCUCCCGCGGUGCGGCCCGCGCCCCCGCCUCCCCGCACAUACCUGCACGUGUUCCACCCCCGGGAGAACGCGUGGCGGCCCCUGACCCAGGUGCCCCAGGAGGCCCCGCUCCGGGGCUGCGGUCUCUGCACCCUGCACAACUACCUGUUCCUGGCGGGGGGGAUCCGUGGAUCCGGUGCCGAGGCCGUCUGCUCCAACGAGGUCUUCUGCUACAACCCUCUGACCAACAUCUGGAGCCAGGUGCGGCCCAUGCAGCAGGCGCGUGCCCAGCUCAAACUGGUGGCGCUGGACGGGCUGCUGUACGCCAUCGGGGGCGAGUGUCUGUACAGCAUGGAGCGCUACGACCCGCGCACAGACGCCUGGACCUCCCGUGCGCCCCUCCCUGCAGGCACCUUCCCCGUGGCUCACGAAGCUGUGGCCUGCCGGGGGGACAUUUAUGUUACCGGCGGCCAUCUCUUCUACCGCCUGCUCAGGUACAGCCCCGCGAAGGACGCGUGGGACGAGUGCCCCUACAGUGCCAGCCACCGGCGGUCCAGCGACAUUGUGGCUCUGGGGGGCUUCCUGUACCGCUUCGACCUGCUGCGGGGCGUGGGCGCCGCGGUGAUGCGCUACAACACCGUGACAAGCUCCUGGAGUCGGGCCGCCUCCCUGCCCCUGCCCGACCCCGCCCCGCUCCGCUGCGCCGUGCUGGGCAACACCAUUUACUGCCUCAACCACCAGGUCACAGCCACCUUCACGGUCUCCGAGGGAACCGCCCAGUUCCAGGCCAAGGAGCUACAGCCUUUUCCCCCGGGGGCCAAAGGGGUCCUCUGCCCAUUCAUCCUGACGCUGCCCCCCGUGGACCCGCUGCAGACUGCUCUCUGA